ACUCUACACAUGGAGAGGGACAACAUGCUAACUCAACACAUGCAUGGGGACAACAUGCUAACUCAACACAUGCAUGGGGACAACAUGCUAACUCUACACAUGCAUGGGGACAACAUGCUAACUCCACACAUGGAUAGAGAUGCUGACUCAGUAGAUUGUCUAUCACAUAGCACGUUAACGCCACUAGUGAAGGCAGUCCAACGAGCUGAACACAAUACAAUCAAAGCUACACAUUAAAAUAAGAUUUAACAAUAAGUCCCUGUUGAAAGGAAACAUCACCGACUCAGAAAAACAACAAAAUCAGUGUGGAGUGCAGUGAUGGGGGAGAAUAACAUAAAAGAACAUGUUUCCUAAAUCAUAAAAACAUCCAUCUACUUUUCUAGUGCAGCCCAAACAGAGACAAGUCAGGACUAGUUCAGUGAAUUCCUGAAGCCUGACGUGACCACAGAGCGCCUCCUUCAAAGCCAGGCACCAGGUGAACAGGCUGAGCAGGUAUGAGACUGAAAACGAGAGGAACCAGGUCCAUGUGAAACCAUGUGCCCAGGUUCAUGCUGCAGUUGGGUCCUCUGAUAGGGUUCCUGCUGGAGGACAUUUGAUGCUUUAUCUGAGGUCCAGAUAAAGCAUCAACAUAAGAACUUGUGUCAGAAAAAGGUCAGAGGCGGCUCAGAGACAUGUAGCUCCUCCCCAUCAUUGCAACUCCACACUGGGUGUGUCUGAGGAAGCAAACUUCCUGUAGCUGCAGUGAUGUCAGAGUUUCAGGAGAUGGUGAGCAGAGGAACAUGAGAGCUGUCAGGAGCUGAUGUCCUCAAGACCUUUUUUAGUGUCUCAGACUUUGGCAGAGAAAUGAAGAUGUUGGUGGUGUUUGUGAUCCUGCUGCUCGUGUCCCAGCAGGUCUCAGCUGUGGAGAUGUUCCAGGGGGACAGGUUCCUGUUGCUGCCAUGUGAAUUCCACACCUUUGACCUGCAGAACGCCACAGUGGUCUGGAUCCGUCAGGACCUCACUCCCUCUACUGUUCACCAGCGUCAGGCUGAAGAAGAUCAGCUGAAGGACCAGAACCUGCUCUACAGAGGCAGAACCUCCAUGAAGGCUGACGCUCUGGUCUCUGGAGACCUGAGUCUGAACCUGACCAACCUGCAGCUGUCGGACAGUGGAACCUACACCUGCCUAGUCACAGACUUCUCAGGAGAACUGAAUCGGACCCAUUUGGACCUGAAGGUCAAAGAGCGUUUUCAUUCCUGGACCAUAGCUGUCCACAUUCUCCUGGUUGCUGUGGUUCUGGUUCUGUUGUGGAGGCUCUUGAGUCAUUUUCAGUAUCGGUUUGUUCCAGGAUACAGAACUGAUGUGGAGGUGGAGUCAGGGGCGGAGUCUGUGCUGCUGCCCUGCAGAAGCACCGUCCAUCUGCCUGAAGGUGCUAAGGUGGUGUGGAGGGACCACAACCACUACAAGGUCCAUGUGCUGAGGACCGGCUCAGAUGGAGCUGAAGAACAGUUGCCAUUCUACAAGAACAGAACCACGAUGAACGAGGAGCUGCUGAGAAGCGGAGACUUCAGUCUGACCCUGGACCACCCCACACGUGCUGACACAGACACCUACACCUGCACCGUCUCCACCAGGAGGAAAAAGAUCUUGAUGAGGAGAAAAGUGAGGCUCCAGGUCAAAGUCCAACAGGUGGAGGUGGAGUCAGGGGCGGAGUCGGUUCUGCUGCCCUGUGAAAUCAGCGCUGACCUGCCUGAAGAUACUAAAGUUGAGUGGAGGGACAGUGAUGACUGGUUGGUCCAUGGGUACUGGAACAGGUUAGACCAGUUCACUGAGCAGUACUGGUUCUACAGAACCAGAACCAGGAUGAAUGAAGACCUGCUGAGUACUGGAGACCUGAGUCUGACUCUGCAGCACCCCACCUAUCAGGACAGGAACACCUUCACCUGCACUGUCUACAGCAGCCAGGGAACCAUCCUGAUGAUGAAACAAGUGGAGCUCCAGGUCAAAGACUACCAGGUGGAGGUGGAGGAGGGGGCGGAGUCUGUCGUGCUGCCCUUUAAAACAACACCUGAGCUGCUACGGGAUAUCAGGCUUAUGUGGUGGCGCUUCCACCCUGGACCAGUACUGCUGAUGCAUGAAGGUUCUAAUCAGCGUCAGAACCACAGAAUCAGGAUGAAUGAAGACCGGCUGAGAACCGGAGACCUGAGUCUGACCCUGAAGAACCCCACAGAAAAGGACUAUGGGAGCUAUAGGUGUGGUGUCUGGAGAAGAGGAACCUUACUGGUGUGGACCACAAUUCUGCUCACAGCUAAAGGACGAGUUCAAGUUUCACCAGGAUCUGAGGACCUCUGGACCAGGAGAAGCUCCAUCGAUAUGACCCCCCUGAUCUCUGAUCAGUCAGAUUAGAAACCAAACCAGACUGGUUCUGAUAGACGAUGGAGGACCCUGGUUCUGGUCUGGAGAGCCAAGAGUGAUGCCAUAGUGAUAUCACAUGUUGAUCAGCUGUUUGAACCUCACAUGCAGCUGUUUUAACCCUGAUCAGAGCUGUCCCCAGACACAAACAUCUGGAUCCAGAUGUUCUGGGUGUCUUCUGCAUCUGAGACUAGGAUCCUGUAGUUCUGUGGAGAUUGCGAUAGAGCAAGACUCCUCUCUAAACAGGACAUCUGAGGAGACAACAGACAGCUGAUCCAAGUAAGAGGACUUCUGUUAGAAUAUGUCUCCGUGAAGGUCUCUAUAGGUCCAUUAGCACCUUCACAUUCACUCUGUUUAUCAGAAUCGUGUCUGGCUGGUGGACAACUGUGUCUGCUGUGUGGUCAAUAAGACCACCUACCCAUGAGACCACCUGACCAUGAGACCAAGAGACCACCUACCCAUGAGACCACCUGACCACAUAAGCAUGAGACCACUUGACCAUGAGACCAUGAGACCAUGAGAGCAUGAGAGCACCUGAUAGGCAUCGAUGAAACAUGCCCAGUUGUUUUUGCAUGUGCACACAUGAGUGUAAAUAGUAAUGUAUGUAAAUGAUUUCAUUGUAAAAAGGACCAACAGAAGACAAGGACAUCAUGAAAUGGUAACCAAUAGGAGGUGUGUAUGAUGAACCUUGACCUCACAGAUUACCCAUAAAGAGGGAGCGUUUUUGUGAUGACGUGGUUUGUACAUCAAACACUCCAGUAAAACUCAGCUCUGA